AUGGUGACCGGAUCCCACCCGUUUGACCCUAUCACACCGGAGGAAAUCAAGAUUGCCGUGCGCAUUCUUGAGGCAACUUUCCCCGGGGUACCUCUGCGCUACAAGCGGAUUGACGUUAACGAACCCAUCAAGAAAGAUGUUGUGCCAUACAUCGAGGCCGAGCGAUUGCGACGACCACUGCCCAAGGCACCUGCCCGCCUGCUUUACACUCUAUUCCAUCGCCUAGACACCGGCGCAUUCUACAAGGCCAUUCUGAAUGCCGAUGCGCGUUCUGUUGUCUAUGCAAAAGAGCUUCCACGCGAGGUGCAGGGACCGAUUGACGUGGAUGAGGUGGUGGAAAUCGAGGCAUUGUGCAUGAAACACCCUGCGGUGCUUGCCGAGAUCGAGAAAUUGCAGCUUCCUCCUGGUGUGACAGUUUGCAAUGACCCUUGGAUGUACGGCACCGAUAAUGAGAGUGAGACACGGCGACUAUUUCAAUGCUUCAUGUACUUAGUUUCGGUGGAUCACCCCCAGCACAACCACUACUCUUUGCCAUGCAAGUUCUCACCUGUGUUUGACGGCCUUACCCACGAGCUUGUCCGAAUGGAUUAUCUCCCCGGUGAAGCGGGCCACGAAACCCAGCAGACCCAGCCUUGGAAGCCUGUCAAGGCAAUUCAGUACGCCCAUGAUAUUCUCGAUGAACCUGUUCGCACCGACCUAAAGCCCUAUAUUGUACAACAACCCGAGGGCCCGUCUUAUACAGCAGAAGGCAACUCUGUCUAUUGGCAGAAAUGGCGCUUCCGUGUUGGAUUUAACAUUCGAGAAGGCUUGGUCAUUUAUAACAUCACAUAUGAUAAUCGAAAUGUCUUCUACCGCCUGGCUAUGUCGGAGAUGACGGUACCAUAUGGAGAUCCCCGUGCACCGUACCACCGCAAGCAAGCAUUUGAUGUCGGUGACACUGGCUUUGGUAUGAAUGCCAACCAGCUGUCUCUCGGAUGCGACUGUCUGGGUCAUAUUAAGUACUUCGAUGGCUACCGCAAUGACUGCAAAGGCAAUCCGGUGCAUUUGAAGAACGUCAUUUGCAUGCACGAACAGGAUAAUGGAUUGCAACAUAAGCAUACGAAUUACCGGUCCGGGGCUGCUACAGUUGUGCGCAAUCGGCAGUUGGUUCUACAGAUGAUCUGUACAGUUGCCAACUAUGAGUACAUUUUUGCAUACAUCUUUGACCAGGCCGGCAAUAUCGAAUUAGAGGUUCGCGCCACUGGAAUUCUCUCGACAGUUCCAUUUGACAAUGAGAAUGGUCAGACUGUUCCCUGGGGCACCAAUGUGGGGCCUGGAGUGAUGGCUCCUUUCCAUCAACACAUGUUUUCCUUCCGGAUCGACCCCGCCAUCGACGGGUUCAAGAACACGGUCUAUUAUGAAGACAGUGUGCCUAUGCCCGAAGACGAGAACAAUCCAUGGCUGGUUGGAUACACCACCGAGCCUACUGUGCUGAACACCUCUGGCUCUGCGAACACCAGUGUUGACCGCCACCGCGUGUUCAAGAUUCGCAACGAUAACAUCACUAACCCUAUCACUCAUAAGCCGGUCUCUUAUAAGCUCCAGACUGCACCGAGUCAGAUGCUGCUGGUGAGCAAGAACUCCCUGGGCUACCGUCGAGCUGAAUUUGGCACGAAGCCUAUUUGGGUCACCAAGUACCAGGAUGACGAACUGUAUGCUGCGGGAGAGUUUACCAACCAGAGCCGACGCGCCGAAGGUGUCGAGACUUGGGUGCAGCGCAAAGACAAUACCGAGAACGAGGAUGUGGUGCUCUGGCAUACCUUCGGUCUUACUCACAACCCUCGCAUCGAAGACUUCCCUGUCAUGCCCAUGGAGCGCGUUAGUGUCAUGCUGAAACCCGAUGGCUUCUUUACUAAGAACCCUGCCUUGGACGUCCCACAAUCUGCCCAAGCCUUCAACAAGUCCAUUCUCCAUCCCGAGGCAGCUCAGAGUGCUUGCUGUGCGGGGCCUUCUUCCUCGACCAAGGCUAAGCUGUACAAGCGGCUGGACUAA